AUGUCUACCAACGAGACUUCUACCGGUCAGUCCUACCUGGACAAGGCUGUAGGCGCUGUUCAGAGCGGUAUCGGCUCUCUGACUGGUAACACUGCCGACAAGGCCCAAGGCGAAGCCCGCAAAGACGUCGCAGACUCCAAGCACGACCUCUCGCACACAGCCGCUAAAGCGGGUCCCUUCUCCGUAACCGCCGAAGGCGGCGUCGCCAAAGACUCAUCCGAUCGCACGACAGGCGCGUGGAACCAAAACAUGGGCGCGGCCAAAGAAGCGCUGGGCGGCUUCAUCGGCGCAGAGGGCCUCAAGCAAGAAGGCAUCCGCCAGAACAAAGAGGGCAAAGGCCAGGAGGCCGCCGGCCAGGUGAAUGAUCUCGGAAAGGGCAUUGGGGAUCGUGUUGGAGGCAAUAUCGGCGCUGCCGUUGCGGGGCUGACGGGGAACGAGGCGCAGAAGGAGGAGGCGAGGCGCCAGCAUGAUGAGGGCAAGGCGAGGCAGAGGGGCGUCGAGGCGGAUCUGCAGAAGCAGGCUGAGGCUGAGAAGGCGUGA